UGCUUUAUCCUGUUUAUUUGGUGCUGGCGAGAGAAUGGCUCGGACAAAGCAGACUGCCCGCAAGUCCACCGGUGGCAAAGCGCCGCGCAAGCAGCUGGCCACGAAGGCUGCGCGUAAAAGCGCUCCGGCCACCGGAGGCGUGAAGAAGCCUCACCGCUACCGUCCGGGCACGGUGGCGCUGCGCGAGAUCCGCCGCUACCAGAAGUCUACGGAGCUUCUGAUCCGCAAGCUGCCCUUCCAGCGGCUGGUGCGCGAGAUCGCGCAGGAUUUCAAGACCGACCUUCGGUUCCAGAGCUCUGCGGUGAUGGCUCUGCAGGAGGCGAGCGAGGCUUACCUGGUGGGUCUGUUCGAAGACACGAACCUGUGCGCCAUCCACGCCAAGCGCGUCACCAUCAUGCCCAAAGACAUCCAGCUCGCCCGGCGCAUCCGCGGGGAAAGAGCGUAAGGCAGCACCUGCUACCUCGUAGCCCCCCGCACCCCCUUGCAUCUCAU